AGCAAAGGUUUAGUUCAGUGUGACAAGCAAAGGAGCAGGAGGGAGCUUGAUGGAUACGCGCAGCACCAUAUAAGAUGUUGUCGAUCCUCACUUCCCAAAAUGGCUUCAACACUCUGCUCCUCCGUCUCUUCAUCAUUCCUCCCUUCCUCUACGUUACGACGUCGUCUACCCCUUGUUGGUGCGUUUUGCGUUCUCAGUUUGGGAUUCUCCAAUUUCUACGCACCCUUGUAUUCCUCUGCCUUCAAAACGGGGUGCGUUCAAUCUCUCUUACGAUCCAAAUUAGGUAGCCAUAGCCAGUCUCGUGCGAAGAGCAGUAGCUUCAUCAGAAUGGAAGGGAGUAACAGUAACACCACUGUCCCAAGCAUCGUUGUCUAUGUCACUGUUCCCAACAAAGAAGCAGGUAAGAAGCUGGCUGAAAGCAUUGUUACAGAAAAGCUUGCAGCUUGUGUAAAUAGGGUACCGGGUAUCGAAUCAGUGUACCAGUGGCAGGGAAAUAUUGAAACUGAUUCUGAGGAACUUCUCAUAAUCAAGACUAGGCAAUCCCUUCUGGAAGCUCUGACAGAGCAUGUCAAAGCAAAUCACGAAUACGAUGUGCCAGAGGUGAUCUCCUUACCCAUCACUGGGGGCAAUCUUAGAUAUUUAGAAUGGAUUAAAGAGAACACAAAGGAGUGACUAACAAGUUUAGCCAGAGGGAGUGAGUUUAAGAGUUCAUUCUUCUGCCUUUGUGUGAUAAAUAAAGCUGGCAUGUCAUCUAUGUAACUAGGCAAUGAGUUUUAAAUAUAAUUAUGCCGAGAAUGAUGAUCAGACUUGUGUUACUGCUGGUGGCUAGGGUUGAAUGUGAGAUUUUAUGAGUAGACAUUUUCGUUGUGAUUUAUGUACAUUCGACCUUUUUUUUUUUUUUUUGUUAUGGCUGAUUUAUGUGUUCCCAGCACCAUGCACCUAUCUAU